GGCCAGAGCUGGCCGGGUCUGCGCGCUGGGGGCCGGGCUGGGCGGGCUGGGGCGGGGCGGGAGCGGUGACCUUAAGGGGAGACAUUCCAGCCUGCUGCCCCGCUGCUCAGCGCCAGUCUGCGAGUCCCCUUUGUUCCUCCGCCCCUCGGCUCAGGAUUCACCCAAAAUGAGGACUUCCCUGCAGGCAGUGGCACUCUGGGGACAGAAGGCCCCUCCCCACAGCAUCACUGCCAUCAUGAUCACCGAUGACCAGAGAACAAUUGUGACUGGGAGUCAAGAGGGUCAGCUCUGUCUCUGGAAUCUCUCACAUGAACUAAAGAUUUCAGCAAAAGAACUCCUAUUUGGUCAUUCAGCUUCAGUAACGUGUUUGGCAAGAGCAAGAGACUUCUCUAAACAGCCCUACGUUGUUAGUGCUGCUGAAAACGGGGAGAUGUGUGUUUGGAAUGUCACCAGUGGACAGUGUGUGAAGAAGGCUACGCUCCCUUACAGGCACACUGCAAUCUGUUAUUACCACUGCUCAUUCCGGAUGACAGGAGAAGGCUGGCUUCUUUGUUGUGGAGAAUAUCAAGAUGUCCUCAUAAUUGACGCCAAAACUUUGGCUGUUGUUCACAGUUUUAGAUCAUCUCAGUUUCCUGAUUGGAUCAACUGCAUGUGCAUUGUUCACUCCAUGAGAAUUCAAGAAGAUUCUCUCUUGGUGGUAUCAGUAGCUGGUGAGCUCAAAGUAUGGGAUCUCUCCUCAUCUAUCAACAGCAUUCAGGAAAAGCAAGAUGUCUAUGAAAAAGAAUCCAAGUUUCUUGAGUCCUUGAACUGCCAAACAAUACGAUUUUGCUCAUAUACUGAGAGACUUCUCUUGGUGGUAUUUUCUAAAUGUUGGAAGGUUUAUGAUUAUUGUAAUUUCUCCCUUCUGCUGACUGAAGUUAGUAGAAAUGGGCAGUUCUUUGCUGGUGGAGAAGUGAUUGCUGCUCACAGAAUCCUCAUAUGGACAGAAGAUGGUCACAGUUACAUCUAUCAGCUGCUGAACAGGUGGGCUCAGAUGGGAGCGGCAUACAAAACAUUCAGUGGGCUUUCGAAAAGCAUAUACCCUUUUGAUGGAAGAGGGCUUAAAGAGACCGUUUAUCCUCAUUUACUGUGCUGUACUUCUGUGCAGGAAAAUAAGAGCUGUCCCUUUGUCAUGGGCUACAUGAAUGAACGGAAAGAGCCUUUUUACAAGGUACUUUUCUCUGGAGAAGUCUCAGGAAGAAUUACUUUGUGGCACAUCCCUGAUGUUCCUGUGUCCAAGUUUGAUGGUUCUCCCAGAGAGAUACCAAUAACUACCACCUGGACUCUUCAAGAUAAUUUUGAUAAGCAUGAUACCAUGUCGCACAGUAUUAUUGACUAUUUCUCUGGGUUUAAAGAUGGGGCAGGAACUGCUCUUGUCACUUCCUCAGAGUAUAUUCCAAGUCUUGAUAAACUAAUAUGUGGCUGUGAAGAUGGGACAAUUAUCAUUACCCAGGCUUUGAAUGCUGCCAAAGCAAGACUUCUAGAAGGCAGCUCUUUAGUAAAAGAUUCUCCCCCUUACAAAGUUCUUAAAGGCCACUACCAAAGUGUCACCUCAUUACUUUACCCACAUGGUCUUUCUUCAAAAUUAGACCAAAGUUGGAUGUUGUCAGGCGACCUAGACUCAUGUGUCAUCUUGUGGGAUAUCUUUACUGAAGAAAUUUUGCAUAAAUUCUUUUUGGAAGCCGGUCCAGUAACAAGUCUUUUGAUGUCACCAGAGAAGUUUAAACUAAUGGGUGAUCAGAUCAUUUGCUGUGUGUGCAGUGACCAUUCCGUGGCUCUCCUUCACCUUGAGGGAAAGAGUUGCCUCCUGCAUGCGCGGAAGCACCUGUUUCCGGUGAAGAUGAUAAAAUGGCACCCGGUUGAGAAUUUUUUAAUUGUUGGAUGUGCAGAUGACUCAGUCUAUAUCUGGGAAAUUGAAACAGGCACAUUGGAAAGGCAUGAGACAGGAGAAAGAGCACAAAUUAUUCUUAAUUGUUGUGAUGAUUCACAGCUGGUGAAGGCUGAGUCUGUACUUCCCGUUGCCUCAGAGACACUUAAGCACAAAAGUAUAGAACAGAGAUCCUCCUGCCCCUACCAGCUUGGGCCAAUACCUUGCCCUGGUCUGCAGGUGGAGUCUUCACGUAAGGUUGCUGAUGCCAAAUUUUUCCCAAGACCUUUCAGUGUCUUGCCUGUGAAGAUAAAAUGGAGUAACAUAGGCUUUCAUAUUCUUCUAUUUGAUCUGGAAAACCUUGUUGAACUUUUGCUACCAACUCCACUCAGUGACAUUGACUCUUCCAGUUCAUUCUAUGGUGGUGAGGUCCUAAGAAGAGCCAGGAGCACGGUGGAGAAGAAGACACUGACACUGAGAAAAAGUAAAACCGCCUGUGGUCCUCUCUCAGCAGAGGCACAAGCCAAGCCUCUUACUGAAAGCCUGGCCCAAGGAGAUAAUGCCAUCAAAUUUUUGGAAGAAAAUGAUGUCAUUAAAAGGCAGAAGAAAAUGAAGAUCUCCAAAAAAAUUCAGCCUAAGCCAUCAAGAAAAGUAGAUGCCAGUCUCACAAUAGACACAGCUAAAUUGUUUCUGUCUUGCCUUUUGCCAUGGGGAGUGGAUAAAGAUUUAGAUUAUCUUUGUAUUAAGCACCUCAAUAUUUUAAAGCUUCAGGGACCUGUUUCUUUGGGACUUGCUUCAAAUGAAGUUUAUUUCUCACUGAUGUUGCCAGGUUGGGAUUUAUGCAAUACUGAAAUGAUAAAAGACUGUUCAGGAGUAAAUUUAUUUUCCAGGAAAGUUUUGGACUUGUCAAAUAAAUACACAGCCACUCUUCCAAAUCAGGUUGGAGUUCCAAGAGGACUGGACAAAAAUUGUGAUUUUUUACAGGAGUCAAAUACUAUCGUUUAUUUGUUGAGCAGACUAUUUUUAGUUAAUAAGUUAGUUAACAUGCCUUUAGAAUUGGCAUGUAGAGUUGGCAGUUCUUUCAGAAUGGAAUGUGUACAUAAUAAGGUGAGAAGUGCUGGGAAUGACAUUUUAAAUAUGUCAAGCUUCUACAGUUGCUCACGAAAUGGAAAGAAUGCAUCUAAUGUACCUGAGGCUGACCUUUCACUUUUGAAGCUAAUUUCCUGUUGGAGAGACCAGUCUGUGCAGGUAACUGAAGCAAUACAGGCUGUUCUCUUGGCAGAAGUUCAACACCACAUGAAGAGUUUGGGAAAGAUACCAGUCAAUAGUCAACCAGUGUCCGGGGCAGAGAAUGGUAACUGUGAAAUGAAGCAGAUGCUUCCAAGGUUGGAAUGGACAGAGGAACUGGAGUUACAGUGUAUUAGAAACACUUUGCCUCUGCAAACUCCAGUCAGUCCAGUCAAGCAUGACAGCAACUCAAACUCGGCAAACUUCCAAGAUGCGAAGGACAUGCCUGACAGAUGUGCCUUGGAAGAGUCUGAGAGUCCAGGUGAGCCAAGGCAUCAUUCAUGGAUAGCAAAGGUGUGCCCCUGCAAGGUGUGUUAAAUGGAAUCUCAUCAAUAGGAGCUGAAUUUGGACAAAUUAAGAUAUCAAAAAAAUGCCAUUUGUUUGUUACUGUAUUAAAACAAUGUUGUUAUUGAUCAAAUUAUUAGGCUGUAGUGAAUUUGCUAAUACUUUAGCCAGCAUGUAUUUAAAAAAUGAUUUAAUACACGCUUACCAAAAUGCAAUGCAUACUGAUUGAAAAUAUUCAAAUUCAUCUCAUUUUAGAAAAUUAUUGUCUAGAUCAUUCUGUAUGCCUGUUUCUUACUUUUUCUGUUAGUAUUUCCAACAGGCAAUGCCAGUCCACAGACACAAAUUUAACACUGCUUUAAAUUUUCUCCUAUCCUUUUAGUCCCUGAAUUAUAUAAUAAACAAUAUUAAAACCAAUGUAGCACACAAUACUUAGAAAUUUAAUGUUGCUUCAAGGUAUUUAAUCUACAACUUGAUUUGUCUGGUUAGGAUAUUUUGUUUUAGUGGAUAUGCCUUAAUUUAGAUCAAUUACUGCAGCAAAUCUCAUCCCUAAGCAUGAAAUGUUGUCAGCAAAUAACCAGUUCCCUUUAGUCAUCGAUUAGCCAAAAUAAGUGAUACAAAGUAUAACAGUGGCCAACCUUGUACUGUUGAGUUAAUUUGGACAUCUAAUGACAUUGAGGCUAAUGUCUUCAGCUAAAGGUUGAUCUUGUUGGCCAUGUAGAUGUGAACUAGGGAAAGAGAAUCAACCUAUGGCAUAUCACAAUUGAUCCUUAUUAAGUAUAAACUCUUGUAGGUCUUUUCCCAGAAAGAAACUUAACUAGCAGGAAUUCUAAAACUAAAAUAUAUCAAACAGCAUAAAUAGGAACAGACAUAAAGUGCUCUUCUAUUAAAGCCUUCAGUGAUCUAUUUACAAUGAUGUAUAUUGUACAGUUCCUCGAUUUACAGAAAAUCAUCAAAAUAUUAAUCUAUAUAUAUCAUGAAUAUGAGUGUUGCCUAAUCCAUAGAAAAGGGGAUAUAAAGUAUUACAUAUAUGACAUAUAGCUAUAUCUAUGUAUCUAAUAGAAAAAUUCAAGUCACUGCAAUGGAAGAAACAGAUUUCUGAGCAUAGGACCAGCCUCAGGUACUAUGCUGGGAUGCAGUGGUCAGGAGAGGGAGAAAUUAGAAAAGAGAACUAUAUAAUUGAAAAAGGGAUAUAAAGUAUUAAAUAUAUGAUAUGCAGUUAUAUCUAUGUAUGUAUAUAUCUAAAGGAGAAGUUCAAAUCAUUUCAAUUAAAGAAACACUUUUAGCAUAGGACCAACCUCAGGUCCUAUGCUGGGAUGCAGUGGAAAGGAGAUGGGGAAAUCAGAAAAUAAAACUAUGUAAUUGAAAUGACAUGGGCUAUACCCUUAAGCAACUUAUAAUUAAUGAUGACCUGAAGAAACACACCAGAAUAAACAUGUCAAAUGAGUGUGACUCCUUUAAAGUAGAUUAAAUAGUGCAUUCUUUGUUUCCUAAAAUAUGAUUUCACUGCUUGAAAUUACAUUUGAGUUGAACUUUAGAAACUAAUAUAGUGUUAAUAUGAAUAAUCAUGGAAAAUUAUAAUCCUUUGAAAACUGGUAAAUAUAUUUCCCCUCCUUUAGAAACACUCAAAAGCUACUUCAAACAGGUUUCAAAAUAAAGGAAGGUUACAAGUUAGGCAAUGGAUUUUAUUUUCUUGCCUGUUGUGUACUGGCUGUCAAGGUCAUUAUGAGGACUUUCAAAAGCAUUUUGAAUGACAGCAAUAUCAAAUAAGUGCAUGUCCUCCCAAUAGAGGCAUUUUUAAUUGUUAAAACCUAUUUGGACACUCAAGUUAUAUGUUUAUGAAAAAUAAGCUUCAUUAUUUUUAUAGCUACAUCCUAUUAUUUCCUUUCACAAACAAGAAUAACAAUAAGUUUUAACAGCUGCUCUGCUUGGCAUUUUUCAGGUCUCAUGAAACCAAUAUUGAAUCUCUCAUAAAUAUUUUCUGAUGUUACUAGCUAUAGGAAAUUAGAACUGGCACAAUCCUGACAUUACUAAAUGAAAUUUUAGGAUUUUUCAGCAUCACAUGUUAGAGUCUCUAAAAUUUAAAUAUUCAUGUUAAAUGACUAAAGUUUGCUUUUAUCAAUAUGAAUUCUGAAGGCCAAUGUCAUUAACUAUGAAAACUUAUAAUUCCUAAAAAUAAGAGUAGGAGACAUUCAAGCAAUACUCUCCUAAUAUCCAUAUGCAAAUGUUUAUGACACAAAUUUACUAGUCUGUUUAAAAAUGAUUUCUGUGUAUUGACUUGUGUUCAAUAUGUUUCAGUAAUUUCUAUCAUGAGAGGACUUGAAAUAGCAAAUUGCCACACAGUUAACUGGAUGGACCACAUAUGUGGUGAUCAUACCCACUUGAUACCACACCCAGAAACUCAAAAUUGACUUUCUCCUGAUUAGAUAGAGGUGUCCUUUGGUAUGUCUAGGUAACCAGUGGAGUAAUUGUAUUAGCUAACGUGUCUGUAUCCAGAGUCUUCUUGUCAUUGUAAUAAAAAAUUUAUUUAAAAA